UUUAAAGACUUGAAAUGCUGAUAAUUUUCAGGAAUCUAUGCAGACCGUCCAMAUAAUUAAUGGGUUUCCUGUGUUGUUCUAAGGAACGCCUGGCGAAAUUUGCAUAUUAUGAAGGCGCCAAAAGAUGUCGAAGGACAGUGAAUUUUCGCAUGCACAUAGAAAUGGUCGGCUUAUUGAGUUGAUUGAUGACGAAUGGAAAAAAGAAAAGUUGCCCAAUGAAGAAAUUGCUGUCCCAGAGUUUGAACUGCCUCCAGUUGACGACACUGAUAAUAAUGGAGCAUUAGAGUCCUUAAAAGAACAAGAGGAGAAGUGGACAGACUUGGGAAUAACUCAGUUACAGGAAUUAAAUGGACAUUGAUUUGAUAGGAAUUAUCUUGUACAUAUCAUAUUCUUAGUAAAAAUGUAAAAUUAAAUCUCAGUAAAAAGAA